UGUCAGUUAACCGUUGGAAGUUGUAGAGCCAAGGUAGCCUAGCUUAGCCAACUGUCGAACGCAUUUUUGUUAAACAUUAAUUAGCUACAGGUCUUACUUAUAAUCAACAUGCGUGAGUGCAUCUCUAUCCACGUUGGUCAGGCCGGUGUUCAGAUCGGGAAUGCCUGCUGGGAACUGUACUGCUUGGAACAUGGGAUCCAGCCCGAUGGGCAGAUGCCCAGUGACAAAACCAUCGGCGGGGGGGAUGACUCCUUCAACACUUUCUUCAGCGAGACCGGAGCGGGAAAACAUGUCCCCCGUGCUGUGUUUGUGGAUCUCGAACCAACUGUUGUUGAUGAGGUUCGCACCGGGACAUACCGUCAGUUGUUCCACCCGGAGCAGCUCAUCACCGGUAAAGAGGAUGCCGCCAACAACUAUGCUCGUGGCCACUACACCAUUGGCAAGGAGAUCGUCGACCUGGUGCUGGACCGAGUUCGCAAGCUGUCGGACCAGUGCACUGGGCUUCAGGGCUUCCUGAUCUUCCACAGCUUUGGUGGUGGAACCGGCUCAGGUUUUGCCUCUCUGCUCAUGGAGAGACUGUCUGUGGACUAUGGCAAGAAGUCCAAACUGGAGUUUGCCAUAUACCCCGCCCCUCAGGUGUCCACAGCAGUGGUGGAGCCCUACAACUCUAUCCUGACCACCCACACCACCCUGGAACACUCAGACUGUGCCUUCAUGGUCGACAACGAGGCCAUCUACGACAUCUGCCGUCGGAACCUGGACAUCGAGCGCCCCACUUAUACUAACCUCAACAGGCUCAUUGGCCAGAUCGUCUCCUCCAUCACAGCCUCGCUGCGUUUCGAUGGAGCCCUCAAUGUGGACCUCACUGAGUUCCAGACCAACCUGGUGCCAUACCCCCGUAUCCACUUCCCCCUGGUCACCUACGCACCUGUCAUCUCUGCUGAGAAGGCCUACCACGAGAUGCUUUCUGUGGCAGAGAUCACCAACGCUUGCUUCGAGCCAGCCAACCAGAUGGUGAAGUGUGACCCUCGCCAUGGCAAGUACAUGGCCUGCUGCAUGCUGUAUCGUGGGGAUGUGGUGCCUAAGGAUGUCAAUGCUGCCAUCGCCACCAUCAAGACCAAACGCACUAUCCAGUUUGUUGACUGGUGCCCCACCGGCUUCAAGGUAGGCAUCAACUACCAGCCACCCACGGUGGUGCCAGGUGGAGAUCUUGCCAAGGUCCAGAGAGCCGUUUGCAUGUUGAGCAACACCACAGCCAUCGCUGAGGCCUGGGCUCGGCUCGACCACAAGUUUGAUCUGAUGUACGCCAAGCGUGCCUUUGUACACUGGUAUGUGGGAGAGGGUAUGGAGGAGGGGGAGUUCUCUGAGGCCAGAGAAGAUCUGGCUGCCCUGGAGAAGGACUACGAGGAAGUGGGAGUGGAUUCGGUGGAGGGAGAGGCUGAGGAAGGAGAGGAGUACUGAAUCCUGACCUGAUUGAAAAAUGUUUUACUGUUGAUUGGUAAUUUUAAUAAAAGUUCUGUUUUC